ACAAAUCAUCCACGUCCCGCUACUGCACGGGUGGCCCAAACCCCAGACCACCACCCCUCCAGCUCCAGUGCUGCUUCCCCUCCGCAGCAUGAUCCCGGACCAAGCUCUGGCGCUACCUCGACGCUUUGUUUGCUCUUUGUUUGCUUGAGCACCACCUCAGACACCUCAGACGGGCACAAUCCAUUGCCUUGACCAAGACCUUCGGAUAAGAAACAAGCCAUUCAACCACCGACUUACUUCCCGACGCGACAAGAGGAACACCAAUCCCGCCCGAAUAGUACCAGCCAACCAACCCCAGCGUUUGCGCAGGCCACACGGAAGCAAUAAUGGCAAACGCAUGGCUGCGCUCGCUGCGCAAGGCAGAACUGAUCGACCUGGCCGAGUACAUUGGCCUGAAAAACUACGAUGGACUGAGGAAGGACCUCGAGGCGACGCUGGACGAGUACCUGGCCGACAACUCGGACCGGUUCGCGGCAGACCCGAGGCUCAGCCCCUUCUAUACCCAGCCCACCCGCACCCGCGGCCUGGGAUCGCCUGUCAAGAGAGAGGCGCCCGAUCUCCUCAAGAUCACCAAGCGCCGCCAGACCAAGGUGCCCGAGGAGGUUGUCGCCGCGACCAGCGACGAAGAGUCACAACCAUCCCCCAUCGCCGCCGCCACCACGACGGCGCUGGUGCGCACGCCGGCGCGCGCCCUGUCGCUAGCGCAGCGCAUCCCGCUGCCCGCCACGCCCGCCGACGUGGCCAACGCCGUCGACCGCAGCACCCUCAUCGUGCGCAAGCGCGUCGCCUCCAUGUACGCCGAGUCGGGCGUCACCGAGGCCACGCGCGCGGCGCGCGCGUCCCUCUCCACCGUCACCUCGGUCCUGAUGCUCGUCUCAGCCUUUGAGCUCUACCACCUCCGUCCGGAGCUGCUGGCCGACCGCUACGCCUUCACCGUGCCGGCCGUCCAAUGGCUCGGCACCCGCGACCACCCCGUCCAGGUGCCCGACAUGUUCCUCCUCCUCACGGCCUCCUUCUGGAGCCCCGCACUGCUGUGGGCCGCCACGAGCGCCCUGCUGCCCGCCGUCGCCGGCUACUUUGUCAACCUGGGCGCCGCCCACAGCGGCGCCGGCCCGAACCACGUGCCCGGCGUUGGCACCCGCGGCAGGCCCCGCGGCAUCGCCGGCGCCGCUCCCGAGCCGGCCGUCGACCCGCUCACGUACAGCGUCGUCAAGGCCCUGCUCACCUACGUCGUCUACGCCCAGGGCUUCACCUUUUGGGGGCUGGCCGACCAGCUGUCCGUCGCCCGUAUCAACUCGGCCCUCUACGGCGGCUGGAAGGGCGCCCUCGUCGGCUGCGGCGUGACGGGGCUUAUGGCCAUGUAUGAUGCCGUGUUGCGGAAGUAGGAAGGAGAACGAAGGUUUUUUUUUUUUCCUUCGGAAGCGCCGGUUGCCCCUCGCUUUCCACACCUCACCUUUCCUCCUUCUUUCCUCCCUCUUUUUCUUUUCCGUCCGGGAGUUUUCUGGCGUAGUCGGUUUCUAUGCUUUACCCCUUGUUCUUGUUUUGUUCACCUGAUACCUCCGCUUUUAAUCCCCCACCAUGCCGAUCACCUGCUCCUCGCUCUGUAGGGCAGUGCUGUGCAAGAUUAUGUGUGCUUGGGCUUGUUGUUGUCCUUGGGGGCGCGGCACGCGUCAUGAUAUCUUUGUCAUUGCUGCUUUUUGUCUGCUCUCUGACUGUCAAGGGGGAAUGGGUGGUUUUGGUGGCCAUCUGAUUAUAUCCAUGUUUCCUGGAAAAGGGGGGGUUUUUCAUCUAGCUUUAUUUCCUUUUAUUGUCCUUCAUGUCCUGCCGCUUUCUCCCUGGAAAGCAGCGAAUGUUUAUAUUGCGACUCGACCUUCUUUCUUUCCUAGUGACCUUUUGCAUGUAUUUCAUGUCUUGUUGGGUUGGGGGUAGAGGCCUGGAUGCUGGGCUUAUCAUGGUCUCUGGGUAUGCCGUGGCGGCUGCGUGGUUGGGACUCUGGGUUGGGACAGAUACUAUGUGUGCGGGCUUUUGAGAGGAACGGUUUGUUCACCAAGCAAGUGAACACAAAGGGCUGUGUGGUUUUAGGUUGCUGAGUGUGAGAAUCUAUCGUGCCUAUUUGCGUUGAGCUGUGACUAGU